AGAAUGAGUGAACAAAGUAUAAUUCUUUUCGGGCGUACCGGAUAUGGAAAGUCCUCUAUUGCUAACAUGCUGAUUCAAGGUGAUAUUUAUCAAAAUAAUAAUAAGUUUACAAUUAAUGACAAUGCGAAAGGAGAAACUUUAAAUAUAUACACUGGCUAUACGGAAAAAUAUCAAGUAUUUGAUACAGUCGGAUUAGGUGAACCACUAUCUCAUAUCGUUCCUCAUAAGGAAGCUGUUAACAAAAUAAGAGAUUAUUUUUCGAAAUGUAAAGUAACUCUCAAUUAUAUAUUUUACGUUCAAAGGAAGGGUAGAAUUACCGAUGAAGAUAAAAAAAUGUUCAAGUUGUUUAAAGAGAUCUUUGAAUGGGCAGAAAAAAAUAUUGUUAUUAUCAUUACUAAUAGUAAACCGGAAUGGAUUGAGAAAAAUUUGGAACAAUUACUGAGGAUUUAGGAAAAUAUCCAAUUAUUUCGGUUGAUUUUCCCUUUACUGAUGAAGAUGAAGAUGACAUUAUCGCUUGCAGCCAUAGAAAAAAAAGAGCGCAAAGUCUGCAACGUUUAGAAGACAAAUUGUUAGAAUUGAGAUACAAAAGUAUUAAACCAGAGGUUCUCAGUUCAACACAAAUGAACGAGAAAACUGUAUCAAAAGUUGUUAGAUUCGUUCCAGUUGUUGGUUCAGUAUUUCAACUAAUUUCUUCUGGUGUUUAUUAUGCGUUAGAUAAACCAAAUAACGCAAAAGAACGGCUUGUAGAUGGGGCUGUUAGACUUGCUGCAGAUGUUAUAAGUAUAGUAACUGUUGGAGCGAGUAAAAGUGCACCAACGGUAAUUUUUAAGGAGUUAUUAGUAAAGAAUUACAGAAAAUAAUCAAUAACAAAUUUCCCAGUUCGAGUAAAUAAGUAUUUUUAUAGUUCUUUAUAAUAUAUAUUUCAUUUUGCCUUAAUUGAUACAC